AAAAAUUCGAUGGGUCACAGAAACGCCCUGCGAUUGGCUGCGACUCUGGUGACGUCACAUGCAAGUAAACAAACAUCGCGUUGAACCUCCAUCUACUUGGGUGGAAUGUUAUUGGAAAAAGCCACCAUUGUCAAGAGUAGGGACUACUCUGAAAUACAUCUCGAUGCAGCAGAUAUCGAAAAAGGAAGUACCGCACAGACCAAGUACAUCAGCACUUCACACAAACUUUAUUUUGGAAGCCAAAAAAAGAAAACUUCAACACUGUGAAUUGAUAAAAUAUCAGGACGAUUUUAAACACUCAAAUGUUAUGCGGUAUUCGCUGCACUGUUUCAUAAUGGACCAACCACCAAAAAUUCAAGCAGACGUAGACAAUCUUGUAGACAUAAUGAAGACAACAUUCAACAGAGCUGCUAUCAGUGCAAUUGAAGAAGCAACAAGAAUGCAGUACAAGAGCAGCUUGUGGUAUGAGAUGAGGUAUGGCCGUAUCACAGCUUCAAAGGCACAUGAAGUCCGGAAGACAGUUAGUACACCAUUGAACAAAAAAAUCAGAACAUGUGGACUUUAUGUAUGCCAAGACAAUCCCAUGCUUGCAGCAUCUCCUGAUGGUUUACUGAAAGGUGCCAUUGUUGAAAUAAAAUGCCCUACCAAAGCAAAAGCUAAGAACAAUUAUUUAAAAAAUCAUUUAUGA